AGGUGUCAUCCAGCAGUGCAAACACACAAGCUGCAAGGAAUCACAACAGCUUUCCAGCUUCAUCUAACAAUCAACGCAGCACUCUGGAAUAUGCAUUUUCUUUCAUGAUAUAGUAUGCAAUGAAAUGAAGAGAAGAUGGGGGCCAAGGAGUCACGGAUCGGUUUCCUCUCUUAUGACGAGGCCAUCAAAAGAGUUACGGAUGUGGAACUCAAGCGUCUGAGGGAUGCCUUCAGGAGGACCAGUGGCUUGUCGUACUACAUGAACCAGCAAUGCUUCUUCAAGGAAGUGUUGGGGGACAUGGUGCCUCCGCGGGUGGCAGAGGUGAUCUACAACUCGUUUGGGGGAACGGCGAAAGGUCUGCAUUUCAACAACCUCAUCGUAGGCCUGGUGCUGUUGACAAGGGGACGGGAUGAGGAGAAGACCAAGUACAUCUUCAGCCUGUUCUCCAGUGAGUCUGGCAGCUAUGCCACGCGGGAGGACAUGGAGACCAUGCUGCAGGCAGUGGAUGGAGAGAUCCCCACCUCCCUCCACAAGUGCUUCACCGAGGGUGAGAAGGUGAACUAUGAGAAGUUUAAGGGCUGGAUCCUGCAGAAUAAGGACGCCUUCACCUUCUCCCGAUGGCUGCUCUCCAGCGGCGUCUGCGUCACCCUCACGGACGACAGUGACACGCCCACCUUCUACCAGACGCUGGCCGGAGUUACCCACUUGGAAGAGGCUGACAUCAUCGACCUGGAGAAACGCUAUUGGCUGCUGAAGGCCCAGUCCAGGACCGGUCGCUUUGACCUGGAGACGUUUGUGCCGCUGGUCUCGCCGCCUAUCCACACCUCCCUCAGCGAAGGCCUGUUCCAUGCGUUUGAUGAGAACAGGGACAACCACAUCGACUUCAAGGAGAUCUCCUGUGGCCUCUCCGCCUGCUGUCGAGGCCCACGUGCAGAGAGACAGAAGUUUUGCUUUAAGGUGUUUGAUGUGGACCGUGACGGGGUGCUGUCUCCUGAGGAGAUCAGGGAGAUGGUCGCCGCCCUACUGGAGGUCUGGAGGGACAACCGCACCGACUCCAUCCCAGAGCUGAACCUCAGUGUGACCGACAUCGUGGAGAACAUUUUGCAGACGCACGACACAACAAAACAGGGCCAUCUGACUCUGGAGGACUAUCAGAUCUGGAGUGUGCAGAGUGCCUUAGCCGACGAGUUCCUCAACCUGCUGUUUCAGGUGUGCCACAUAGUCCUGGGGCUGAGGCCGGCUACACCCGAGGAAGAAGGACAGAUCAUCAGGGGCUGGCUGGAGAGGGAGAGUCGUCACGGACUGCAGCCGGGAGACUACUGGUUCCUCAUCGCCGCCCAGUGGUGGCAGCUCUGGAGGGAAUACGUCAAAUAUGACAGUAAAGCGAUUGUGAUGGAGCAGCCGUCGGUGUUCGGGAUGGGCCGGAGUCCCGUGGGGUCGGGGCCGGCAGGCGGGGGCUUGGCUCGCACCCCCGACACCUCGGAAGGGGGCAUGGUCAACUCCCACUCCUCGGACGAGAAGUUCUCAUCAGACAACAUCUCCAGCGCCUCGGAAGCCUCGGAAACCACCAGCGGGAGCCUCCUGCCCUCCAGCUCCACGGCGACGGACAUCUGUUUCCCGCGCCAGGCGGACACCUCGGACACGGACAGCCAGAGCUUCCUGGGUGCUGAUGGGAGCGCGACCACACAGAGGCCCGGCGCCAUCGACAACCAGACACUCGUUACCUCAGAGCCCCUCAAGGCUCCCACGCUGACAAUGGAAGGUGGGCUACUGAGGCGCUCCCCCACCCUGUCGCUGGGCCGGGACUUCGAGGUGGUGCCGGAGCCCGUGUGGAGGGCACUGUACCACUGGUAUGGGGCCAACAUCAGCCUACCUCGACCGGUGAUCAGGCAGGUGAAUGUGGAGCGGGCCGAGCUGGAGUUCUUCCCCAGGCACCUGCUCUUCCUCCGGCAGCAGCCGCCGCCACGCACCCCCCAGGCCAACGGAUGGGCCAACAUAGGCGGCAUGCCGUCUCCCAGUGCUCCCCUGAAGCGCGUGCUGGUCUACACGGGUUGCUUCAGCAGGGUGGGCUCCAUCAAGGACAUCCAUGAGUACCUGUCCCAGCGCCUGCGCAUCAAGGAAGAGGACAUGAGGCUCUGGCUCUAUAACAGUGAGAACUAUCUCACUCUUCUGGACGAUGAGGACCACUCUUUGGACGACCUGAAGAUUCCGGACGAGCAGUACAUGGUCAUAGAAGUGCGGAACAAGGACAUGAGCUGGCCGGAGGAGAUGUCCUUCCUGGCCAACAGCAGCCGAAUGAACAGGCACAAGGUUCCUACGGAGAAGGGUGCGACGGGGCUGAGUAACCUUGGCAACACCUGCUUCAUGAACUCCAGCAUUCAGUGUGUGAGCAACACCAGACCCCUCACCGAGUACUUCACCUCAGGAAGACACCUCUACGAGCUCAACAGGAUCAAUCCAAUCGGCAUGCGUGGCCACAUGGCCAAGUGCUACGGUGAUCUGAUGCAGGAGCUGUGGAGUGGCACCCAGAAGAGUGUGGCUCCCCUCAAACUCAGGUGGACGAUAGCAAAGUAUGCCCCGCGCUUCAAUGGUUUCCAGCAGCAGGACUCCCAGGAGUUGUUGGCCUUCCUGCUGGACGGGCUGCAUGAGGACCUAAACAGGGUGCACGAGAAGCCCUACGUGGAGCUCAAGGACAGCGACGGACGACCCGACUGGGAGGUGGCCUCUGAGGCGUGGGAGAACCAUCUGAGGAGGAACCGUUCCAUCGUGGUUGACCUGUUCCACGGCCAGCUGCGCUCCCAGGUCAAGUGCAAGACCUGUGGCCAUGUCAGCGCUCGCUUCGACCCCUUCAACUUCCUCUCGCUACCCCUGCCCAUGGACAACUCCAUGCACUUGGAGAUUAUUGUGAUCCGCCUGGAUGGCUCGACGCCGGUGCGGUACGGGCUGCGUCUGAACGUGGAUGAGAAAUACACCGGACUCAAGCGGCUCCUCAGCAAGCUGUGCAGCCUGCGGCCAGAGCAGAUCCUACUGACUGAGGUUCACACGUCCAACAUUAAGAACUUUCCACUGGACAACCAGAAGGUGCGCCGGGCGGUGACGGGUUUCCUGUGUGCGUUUGAGAUCCCGGUGCCAGGCACCCCCUCCUCCACCGCCUCCACCCCUGGAGACUUUUGCGAUGAGGCGCCAUCUCUGCCCAAUGGCAACGCCACCAUGGUGGGCAACAGCUGCCACCUGAAGCUGGACCUGAUGCCCAAGGGGAUGGCCAUGCCCAGCACGGUGGUGCCCUGUGGCACGGAGACCAGCAGCCCGGCCAACGGCAUGCCCAACGGCCACGACAUGCUGCCAAUAGACAGCCCAUUCAUCGGCUACAUCAUCGCCAUCCACAGGAAAAUGAUGCGUGCGGAGCUGUACUUCCUGUCGUCGCAGAAGAACCGGCCCAGUCUGUUCGGCAUGCCGCUCAUCGUGCCCUGCAUGGUGCACACGCGGGCGCGAGACCUCUACGACGCCGUCUGGACGCAGGUGUCCCGUCUGGCCAGCCCCCUGCCCCCUCAGGAAGCCAGCAACCACGCACAGGACUGCGAUGACAGCAUGGGCUACCAGUACCCCUUCACCCUGCGCGUGGUGCAGAAGGACGGCAACUCCUGCGCCUGGUGCCCCUGGUACAGGUUCUGUCGAGGCUGUGCUAUUGAGUGUUCUGACGAGCCGGCCACGGUGGGGAACGCCUACAUCGCCGUAGACUGGGACCCCACCGCCCUGCAUCUCCGCUACCAGACCUCACAGGAGAGGAUGGUGGAGGAGCACAUGAGCGUGGAGCUGAGUCGCCGUGCCCAGGCGGAGCCCAUCAGCCUGGACAGCUGCCUGCGGGCCUUCACCAGCGAGGAGGAGCUGGGGGAGGACGAGCUCUACUACUGCUCCAAGUGCAAGACGCACCGCCUGGCCACCAAGAAGCUGGACCUCUGGAGGCUGCCCCCCAUACUGAUUGUCCAUUUGAAGCGGUUCCAGUUUGUGAACGGGCGCUGGAUAAAGUCCCAGAAGAUCGUGAAGUUCCCCCGGGAGAACUUUGACCCCAGUGCAUUCCUGACGCCCAGGGAGGCGGACCACGGGGGCUCCAGCGACGAGCUGCGCGACCUGGGGGUGGGGGUCACCAAGUCCUGCAGCGGAGACGGAACCAACACUGGUGAGCUGAAAGAGUCCCCCGGUCUGGCCCACACCCCCAGCGGCCCGCUGAGCAGCCGGGACAGCAGCCCGUGCGGCAGCCCCAAGCGAGACGGCCGACGCUACGGCCGUAUCUUCCCGCCGCAGCUGGACGUGCGGCUGCAGCUGUCGCUCAGCAAGGAGAGCCUGGACAGCGGCCGAGAGAGCCCCAUGGAAACGGAGCCCAGCAGCGUGGACGGCGAGGGGGGCGGGGUGGGCUGCCUGGACUCGGCGCUGGGCGAGGACACGGGCAGCAGGGACUGUGACAACACCACGUCCGUGUCGGAGCUGGAGAGCAACGGCUGCACCGAGGACAGCAUGGACCUGGAGGCCUCCACGCACGACCAGCGCGACCGGGGCUGCCUGGACCCCAUGUACGACCUGUACGCAAUAUCGUGUCACUCAGGGAUUCUGGGAGGAGGCCACUAUGUGACGUAUGCCAAAAACCCCAACCAGAAGUGGUACUGCUACAACGACAGCAGCUGCAAGGAAGCGAGUUCGGAGGAGCUGGACCAGGACUCGGCGUACAUCCUGUUCUACGAGCAGCAGGGGCUGGACACCUCCAUCUUCAUGCCCAAGACCGAGGGCAAGAAGAUGGCCGACACCAGCAGCAUGGACGAGGACUUCGAGAUGGACUACAAGAAAUACUGCGUGCUCCAGUAGCGAAAAACACAACUAAAGUACCGUAGCAGGGAUGAGAACUUCGAGAUGGACUAUAUGAGAAGUACCGUACUGCGUGCUCCAGUAGUGAACAUGUGCAGCAAAGUAGCAGGGAGGAGAACUUCGAGAUGGACUUAAAAGAAAAAUCAUACUGCGUGCUCCCCGUAGUGAACACAAGAGCAAUCAGAGCUGGCAACCUUGGCUCCCUGGCCUCCGCUAGAUGCACUUGAUGUCAUGUGUGAGUGUGUGUUUGUGUGUUUGUCGAAGUGUAUGAGUCGGUAUGUGUUUUGCGCCCCCUGCAGACGACACACACACACACACAUCAUAAGCAGACAAACAGACAUACACACACAGACACAUAGGGUCAGUACGAUACCUGGACUAACUCCUACCAGGGGGUUAAGUAAAAAGAAAAGUAGCACGGAACAAGGAUUUUGAGAUGGACUACAUAAAGUACUGUGUGCUCCAGUAGUUUCAAAAGAAGAAGAAAAAAAAGGCUCCCUCAAGCACCCACCCACCCGCUGACUAACCUGUACCGGCUCUUUACUUCUUUCUCUCGCUUGAAGUCUGUAGUAGAACUCGGAGGGGAUGGGAUGUAGGUCGGCUGGAGGGGAGG